GUCGUCCAGUCGUUCGGCGACGAUGUGGUUCGGAACAGACGACAGCUCUGUUCACAUCUACUCCUGCUUUGACGCCAUUCGAAUCAAGAAAAACAAAGUGAAAGUCACGCUCAGCGCCAAAGUGGAGGCCAUCGCUUUUUUCAACGAAAAAGUCUUCGUUUGUCUCGCGAACCAAAGUGUCGCCAUUUUUCACAGAGAGCCGUCGGGCGUUUGGAAUACCUCUGAGCCGGAAAUCCGCGAACACAUGAAUUGUCUGCGUCUCUGUCCUUCCGGUCAGCAGUUGUGGACUUCCGGCCGUUCGCUCGCUAUUAGUGUUCGCGACGCAGACCUCAACCCUCUCUUCGACGACAUCCGAGUCGACGACACGACGACAACAGACGACGACUUCAUCACUCAAAUGGUCGCCUCCGACGACGCGGACGCUGUCUUUGUUGCCUCUCACGACUCGCUCGUCGUCCGCGCGCUAUCCGCGCAGUCGCCGUUCGCGCCGCUCUUCACGGUCUCGAUUCACGCGACGCUUAUUCGCGGUUCGUGUCUCCCAAAGACUGAUCACGUGAUUAAUUACUGUUCCCAUAAUUAG